AUGGAGGACGACGUCAAAUACAACGACAUGAAGAAGGAUGACCUGGCCACUCUGGAGGCGGCCGUGUCCCGCCCGAUCGCCGGGGUGAGCGACGAGAUCAGACUUGCCCAGCUUGGCCAUAAACAGGAGCUCAACCGUGGCUUCUCUGUCUUGGCCCUCGGCUCACUCGUAUUAUGUCUCAUGGCCACCUGGGAAGCUCUGUCUACCGUCAUCUCUUCGGCGCUGGUAAGCGGUGGACCUCCUUGUCUCUUCUACAACUACAUCCUCGCAUUCAUUGGCACCAUGGCGAUUGUCUUGUCUCUGUCGGAGAUUUGCUCGAUCUAUCCGACUGCCGGCGGUCAAUAUCACUGGGUCGCUGUUCUUGCCCCUCCAGAGCGGCGAGCAGCCGUCUCUUGGGCUGUCGGUUGGAUCAGUGUCAGUGGGCAGAUUGUCCUUACAGCUUCAGCUGCUUUCGCCGCUGGCCUUCAGUUCCAAUCGCUCAUUGCGAUCUCGGAUGAGACAUACGACCGCCCCCGCUGGCAGGGCAUGCUCUUUUACUGGGCAGUCGUCGUCUAUGCCACCGUUGUCAACAUCUUUGGUGUCAAACUCUUGCCAAACGUCAAUCUAGUCGCUGGCGUGCUGCACAUUGCUGGCCUUGCCGCCAUCAUGGUUACGCUUGGUGUCAUGAGUGAGAAAAACACGCCGGAUUUCGUGUUUACAGAAGUCGUUAACAGCAGCGGCUGGGCCAACGACGGCAUUUCUUGGCUCAUUGGCCUCCAGAGCGCCGUCUUUCCCAUGCUCGGUUACGAUGCAGCAUGCCAUCUCGCCGAAGAGCUACCCAACGCCAGCCGAAACGUCCCUAUUGCUAUGCUUGGAGGCACUGCAGUCAAUGGCGUGCUUGGCUUCGCCUACGCGAUCCUCCUUCUCUUCUCGACGAGCCCUCUCGAUGCUUUGCUCAGCACUCCGACAGGCUUCCCCUUCAUGCAGAUCUUCCUUGAUGUUACUGGGUCCAAAGCUGGUUCCAUCGUCAUGUCCUUGAUUCCGUGCAUUCUCGCUACAGUUGGUGGGAUCGCCGGACUGGCCUCGGCAUCGCGGACUCUGUGGGCCUUUGCCCGAGAUGAAGGUCUACCUUUCGCGUCAUACUUCAGCCACGUCCAGCCCAAAGUCCAGGUCCCGGUCCGAGCUGUGGUGGUCGUCUCCGUACUUCAGCUUCUGCUCGGCCUCUUGUACUUGGGCAACGUUACCGCCUUUAAUGCGGUCCUCUCACUGUCGAUCAUCUGCUCCUACCUGUCGCACAUUAUGCCGAUCUAUUACAUGGUCGUUCGUGGGAGGCCAACGAUGGAACGCAGCAGAUAUGGCGCCUUUGUCUUGUCCAAGUUCAUGGGCAAUGCUAUCAACAUCGUUGCCAUUAUGUGGAUCAUCCUCGUGGUUGUGUUCAGCUUUUUCCCACUCACCAUGCCUGUCACGCCCGACAACAUGAAUUACUCCUUGGUGGUGCUUGUUGGGUGGCUCAUCUUUGGACUGGGGUACUAUUACCUCGGGGGUGGAAACCGGAAGUAUCAGGUGCCUUACCACGAUCUGGCUGUAGAGGACCAUGAGUGAGGAGAAACAGGACUACGAUUAGUAGGUGUAGGGCCGGGGUCAUGACAGG